AUGCAUGAGGCGAAAAUCAUCGCAUUAGUUGCUGCAGCUUGCAGUGCUAUGGCAAUUUUGUCAUGCGUGGUGGUGAUACCAUCACUCUACAACGCUAUCAAUGAGGUACAUGAUGCGGUAAUAGAUGGUGUGCAAGUUUUUCGCAUCGAGACCGAUUCAGCAUGGACUGAACUGAUGGACGUGCAAAUUAGCGUGACACCACCUAGUAAAGCACGUGAAAACCCCUUCAAAAGCAUUUUCCGUAAGAAAAGACAGGACUUUUCCGGUUUGCCGGAUUAUUGCCAUUGUGAACCGAUCAAGAUUAGUUGUCCUCCUGGACCAGCAGGUCCAGUUGGUGAACCAGGAAAGGAUGGACCACCUGGACUACCUGGUCCUCCUGGAGAAGAUAACACAGUAACAUACCCACCAAUGGAAUGUCCUCCUGCUGAUACCACUUGUAUUAAAUGUGAAGCAGGCCCAGCUGGACCACCAGGAGUGAAUGGUGAGCCAGGACCGGCAGGACCCGAUGGUUCACCAGGAUUGCCAGGACCAGCAGGAAACGAAGGUAAAGCUGGACAACCAGGGCCAAUCGGUGAUGCAGGCAAACCAGGAUCAGUGGGACCGCCUGGUGAAGCAGGACCACCUGGAAAAGACGGAGAGAAAGGAAAAGGUGCACCAGGACCUCAAGGACCACCCGGACCACCAGGACCACCUGGCCCUCCUGGUUUGGAUGGCGAAAAAGGAGCAGACGGACAACCAGGUCCUGCAGGACCAGCCGGCCCACCAGGAAAAGAUGGAUAUGCCGGUGAAGAAGGCAAACCUGGAUUACCUGGUGGACCCGGCCUUCCAGGAAAUGAUGCAGCAUAUUGUCCAUGUCCACCACGUUCUGCUGUAUUCAUCAGUCGUUUCACUCAGUGA